UCUCUCUCUCUCUGUGUCUCUUUCACUCUGCCUGCCAAAGAAAUAGAGCAAAGAAAACAAACCUGUCUGACUGGCUGCAACCAGGAAACAAAUCAAAGGGUGGACCAAGAUAAGAGAGCGAAAGAGGAACAGAGAGGGAGAGAUACAGAGAGAGAGAGAGAGAGAGAGAGAGAGAGAGAGAGAGAGAGAGAGAGAGAGAGGGAGAGAGAGAGAGAGAGAGAGAAGGCGACGUCAACUGAAGGAAACAAAGAAGAAGCAGAAUCAUUCUGAUGACUGAGGACACGUUUCCGCUGUGUUACGUGACGGAGGAACGAGGAGCUGCAACCGGAGCGAGUGGAUCCGUGGGGAUGCCGUAAUAAACCCCCCCCCCCCCCCGCUGCUGGGUCGAGUGGAACGAGCACGGAUGCUGUCAUCGGAUGAAGCUGGGGACUCACAAAAACGUCCACAGGACAACAAAACUUCAAACUUGAGACGCUUUGAACAGCUGCUCCUCUUUUUGAUAAUAAAGAUUCACACAUUCAAAGCGUUUACACCCCUCAGAAGAGCAGGACCAUUAUUACUUAUUCCCCCGAAGGCCUGACCUUUCCAGCUUUUCUAAAUUCACUUCACAAGAGCGGAAUGGCGGCGGCGGCGGGCGGCUCAGCAGCCUCCCCGAGCCCGCCAUUGAGCUCCCAGUCCCCCACCAGUGGAGACCGCCGGCUGGUGGACAAGCUCCUCAAGAGGCUGCUUAAACUGCGCCACCUGUGCACCGACCCCCGGCUGGGCCUGAGGGUCAGCCCGCCGUACCUGCCGGAGCUGGUGCCGGACACAGCGGCGCUGCUCGCGCAGGUGUGGGAGCCCUACCGGGGCGGCUCCGGGGGGGCGGCGGGCGGCCGGGCCCCCCGGGGAGACGAGGCCGAGUACCUGAGGGUUCAUGCCGUCAACCUGCUGGAUAAGACGGAGCGAGCUCUGCUGCUGUUCAAAGGGGGACGCGAGAAGAUGUUUGAGGAGACGUCCAGCCACAGGAAGAACUUGACCAAACUGUCGUUGCUGUUCAGUCACAUGCUCUGGGAGCUGAGGGCCAUGUUUCCAGGGGGCAGUUUUCAAGGUGACACCUACAGGCUGACCAAGACGGAGGCGCAGGACUUCUGGACUUCAUCAUUUGGAAACAAGUGUGUAGUGCGCUGGAACAGUUUCAAAGAGAAGCUGCGGAGUGUCCACGCGUUUGAGGAGGGGAUGGAGUCCAUGGCCCUCAAGUCCACAAUAGAUCUCACCUGCAGUGACCACAUCACUGUGUUUGAGUUCGACAUCUUCACGCGGCUCUUUCAGCCGUGGAGAUCUCUCUUAAGGAACUGGAACCAGCUGGCAGUGACUCAUCCAGGCUACAUGGCCUUCCUCACCUACGACCAGGUGAUAGCUCGUCUGGAACACUACGUGCACAGACCUGGGAGCUAUAUAUUUCGCCUGAGCUGCACACGAAUGGGCCAGUGGGCCAUUGGUCAUGUGACCAGUGAAGGCGGCGUCGUCCAGACCAUACCCCAGAGUACCCCCCUUUUCCAGGCCCUGGUUCAGGGCUUCAAAGAAGGCUGCUACCUGUACCCAGACGGCCGGGACGGGAACCCGGACCUGACCAGCUUGUAUGAGCCGGCCCGGAGGGGCAAAGUCAAAGUCACGCAGGAGCAGUACGAGCUCUACUGCGACAUAGGCAGCACCUUCCAGCUGUGCAAGAUCUGUGCGGAGAGGGACAAGGACACUCAGAUCCAGCCCUGCGGGCAUCUCCUUUGCCAACCGUGCCUCUCAGGCUGGCAGCAGAAGUCAGCCGGCCACACCUGCCCAUACUGCCGCUGCGACAUCCGAGGGACGGAGUCCGUCCUGGUGGAGCCCUACCGGCCAGGCAGCCGCCAGAGCGAGGAGGAGGAGGAGGAGGGCGAGGAAGACCACGAUGAAGAGGACCAUGAGGACAUCGAAUUGAUGGUCAAACAAAUGGCUGCCCUUAAGAAGCAGUUCUCAAGCUUGGAUUACCAGGUUCCCAGGUCGGGCCUCAGCGCUCCAUCUCUGCCCCCUAAAACCCGCACAAACGCACACUGUCCGUCUCUCUCCGGCCUCCAGACACCAGACAAACAGUCCCACGCCCGCUCACAGGAUCAAAGUGGCAAUGAAAGAGAUAGAAGACCGAAAAAACAGACAAAUAUGAAAAGCACUGAAUUAAUCCCACCAGCAAAGUUUUUGUCUCCCUCGCAAAGGAGUGUUGAGGGUGGGGCCACUCCAGUCAAACUGAGACAACGUCAUGAAGAGAGGGAGGAACUGAAAGAGUCGCUCUGAGACGAUAGACGUGACCCGGGGGAGACAAUGAGAAGAAUGUUCUUCUCUUAGAAAAACGUCCUUCACAAACUAAAGACUCUGAAUACUUGGUGACUAACAAAACUCAAAUCCAGAAAUCCGCCCCCAUUGAAUGUGAGAAUCCUUUUGUUUUCAUGUUCAACCUUAAGUAACCUCAUUUUGACCACACGGCUGAAGUUGAAUGGGUAACAGAGGCCUCCUGCUGUUCAACUUUGACACUGCAAUUAACUCAACAGGUUCAGAACUGAUUAUUUAUAAACAAAAUGUUUUUUCAUCUUCAAUGAAAUAAUUGAAAUGAAUGAAUCAUAUGAACAAACAAGGGGGGAAAUUGCAGAGUGAAAAUCUGAACAAAUACACUAUAAUUAAACCCAUUAUUUAAGUGUGUUCCAAUGAAUGAGUUAGUGAGCAAAGAAAGGCCUCUGUGUAACUCCACCAAACAUCUUAUAUUGUAUUAAACCUGUAACUGACAUACGU